GUUUGAGUCUUUCAUCGUCGCUUCGUCUCUCUCUACACUACCUCAUCAACCUCGUUCAUCCGCCACCAGGGCCACCCGCCCGUCCAACGACCACGAUGAGCGCCAACGCAUACUACAAUGGCGGGCAGCAGCAAUACCAGCCGCCGGCCCAGCCGUACCAGCCCAUCGACCCCAACCAGAAGCAGGGGUACGACAUGAAGGGCUCGCAGCCGUACGCGCAGGGCGCCGGCCAGUCGUACGCCGCCCCAUCGUACCCCCCACCGCACCAGCAGCAGCAGCAGAUCGACGCCGAGUACGGUGGCGACAAGAACUGGGGAGACACGGCUCCACACUCCCAGCAGACGCAGGAGACGGGCGCGCGCUUCAACCCCAAGACGCGUCUCAACGACCCCAUCUUCCUCGUCCUCUUCAUCGCCAACCUCGUCGGCUGGGCUGUCGUCUCGGCCAUCGCAAUCCGCACGUUCGUGCAGUACAACGGCCUGGGCGGCGGCCUCGGUAACGCCAACGAGGGCGGCACGGGCUCGAGCAUCACCCUCAACUAUCACACGGUCUACCUCCUUCUCUGCGUCUGCGGUCUUUCGCUCGCCGUCGCUUUCAUUUGGCUUCUGUUUGUCCGCACGUUCACCAAGAUCAUCAUGGAGGUCACUCUUGCGCUCACCAUGAUCCUCAACAUUGGUAUCUGCAUCUGGUACUUCAUCACCAAGUACUGGUCAGGAGCCAUCAUCUUCGCUGUGAUCGCCGUCUUCUCGGUGCUGUCGUACUUCUUCAUGCGCAAGAGGAUCCCGUUCACGAAGCUCCUCGUUCAGACAGUCAUCGAUGUUAGCAAGCACCACCCCUCGGUCUACUUUGUCGUCAUCAUCGGCCUGAUCAUCGAGGCCGCCCUUAGUGUCUGGUACUCGUUCACCAUCAUUGCCAUCUACGUCAAGUGGACGCCCAACUCGGCUGCCUGCGUGAGCAGCAACUCGUGUUCGCAGGGCAAGGUCAUUGGCUUGAUUGUGUACUCGACCUUCUCCUUCUUCUGGACCAGCCAGGUGGUUGCCAAUAUCGUGCUCUGCACCCUCGCCGGCGGCGUCUACGGAGGAUGGUACUACUACGGCCCCCGCAUGAACGAUGGCACAGGUCUCCCCAAGAAUGCUUCAUGGAAAGCCAUGCUCCGUGCCUGCACCGUCUCGCUUGGCUCGAUUGCCUUCGGUUCGCUCAUCGUCACCCUUCUUGAGCUCCUCGAGGCCUUCUUCCGGAUGCUCCAGCAAUCCGAGUCGAGCCAGGGCGACACUGUCGGCGCAAUCCUUGCUUGCUGCGCCGCAUGCUGUGUCUCGUGUAUCCGCGGCCUCGUCGAGUGGUUCAACAAGUACGCCUACAUUGAGAUUUCGCUUUACGGCAAGGCCUACAUCCCCGCUGCCAAGGACACGUGGAAGCUGCUCAAGGACCGCGGUAUCGAUGCGCUCGUCAACGACUCGCUGGUCAGCAUCCUCAUCAUGUGGGGCUCGUACAUCAACGGCUUCCUGUGCGGCCUGUUUGCGUACGUUUAUCUGCGCUUCACCAAGCCGUCGUACAACGCCAAGGGACAGUACACUGCGCCGGUCAUUCUGUUCUCGUUUGUGAUCGGCAUCAACUUGUCCGUCACGAUCGGCCGUGCCCUCGACGCCGGCGUGUCGACGAUCUUUGUCGGCCUCGGCGAGCACCCCAUGGUCCUUGCUCAGCGCGCUCCCGUGCUGUUCGAGCUCAUCCGCCAGCGGUACCCCCGUGUCGUCCAGGGCGUGCCCCAAAACUACUAAUUCACGCCAGCGUCCAUAGAUGCGAUACACGAAGUAUGACGACUUAAUGCAUGACUUGAGUGGUG